AUGCCAAGGACUAAACAGUUUAUUUCGCGACGACUUUUAAGAACGGAUACAUUGAUGGGGAUUACAUUAAAAUAUGGGGUUACGAUCCAAGAUUUAAAGAAAGAGAACAAACUCUGGAACAAUGAUCAUUUAUUUUUGAGAGAAACCUUAUUGAUUCCCCUGACACCAGAAAAUGAGGGCUUGUUGGAUGAGAACGACACAAUUGUCAUCUGUGAUGGUAGUUCUUCCAGCACCACUUCGCCAUCAUCCCCACACUCACGUCUCCCAAAUGGUGAUCUCCUGGACUCCUCCCUGUCAUCGUCAUCCUCGCAGAAGUCUUCAGGAGUGCACCACAGUGGUAGCAUCCAUGUAGGAAUGUCUAAUGGGGCUUCCACUUCAUCCUGUUCCAGUUCGAAGCCCGCCUCAUCAUCAUCAUCCAGUGAUUUCUUUGCCAAGUAUGACACCAGUAUUGCCAGGUUGAAAGGAGAUGUGGCCAAAAUGGAGAAGAAUGCCGCUGCUGGGUUAAGUGUGGCUUCAACAAUACAGCGGGAGUCCAGGACCUUGAAGGCAUUGGUGCCCGCCACAUAUGGUCAGCGUGGUGGAGAGUUUGAGCGAGAUCUAGAGGAAAGCGAAUCUGUGUGUUAG